AACCCCGGAGGAACUCUUUCCUCAAUUCAAAGAGAAAAUCUGCCAUCCUCUUCAUCACUUUAUUGCAUCGGUCUGCCGAAGUGGAGUCCAGGAUGAACCACUCCACGGUGGUCACCCCAGCCCCGAUCUUCUUCUCCUGCAACGUCAGCCCCAGCGCCGAGCCCGAACUCCACAUCGGAGUCACCAAGAGCGAACCCUACUCCGUCGCCAUCCCCAUGACAGUCUUCUACAGCACCAUCUUCCUGUUUGGAGUCCUGUUCAACAGCGUGAGCGUGCUGACACUGGUAACAGACGCUCGCAUGAGAGUCAGCGCUAUACGUCUGUAUCUCCUCAGCCUGGUGCUAUCAGAUAUCCUGCAGCUACUGACUAUCCCCGUAACUCUGUACCGGUACUACUGGGAGAGCUACCCCUGGCGUCUGGGCCAGGCAGCCUGCAAGGCGUACUUCAUGGUGCGCCAGAUCUACUGUGCCACCACCAGCUGGGUGAUUCUGGCCUUCACGGCCGAGCGCUACGCUGCUAUCUGCCACACCAUGUGGUCCCUGUCCAGCCUGCAGAAGUCCCGUCUGCCCUGCCUGCUGACCUGGGUGUGGGUCCUGUCUCUGGUGUCGGCCGUGCCCUUCGCCGUUGUCUACGGCCACGCCCGAGCCUGCAUCCUGGACUACACCGCCACCUCCCCCGAGGAGGCCUUCCAUGUCUCCACCAUGUGUGAGAUGACGGAGGCCGACCCGGCGCCCAUCUACAGGGGAGCGCUGCUGCUCAGGGCUGGCCUCUGCUUCCUGGUGCCUAUGGUGGCCAUCCUAGUCCUCUACCUGCUCAUUCUGAUCCACCUGAAGAAGAACGAGCACCAGAGACGGGCCCUGGGCCUCACGCACCCAGCGCCCGAUGACAGGAGAGACAUUCAAUGUCACCAGAAUAGAAAACUACUGCUCAAUGAGAGGAGGGCGCUGAGGCUUAUGGGCGCGGUGGUGGUGGCCUUCUUCAUCUGUAACUUCCCCGACAUCGCCUCGUCCCUGAUGCAGGUGUACGUGGUGGUGUGGUCUGAUAAGGUACUCUCGGUCUACACCAUCCUCAAGUCCUACCUGGCCCUCCCCCUGUGGUACGCCAACAGCGCCCUCGACCCCCUGCUCUUCUGCAUCUCGUCCCACACCUUCCGCAGGGCCUGCUGGAAGACCCUGGGCCGCCUGAGGCCUCGCUGCCCCAGGAUGCGGCCCCCCACGGCCGCAUGGCUGGCCCAGAGGACCUCCAGCGGGGCAGCAAGCGGGACGGGCAGGGAUGGAAGUGACUGCUCUGGAGGUCCGAAGGGGCCGGCCAGGACAGUGACUCUGGGGCAGGGGGGGCCAGACAGCACCGAUGGGGGCGUCGCCAAUCAGCAAGAACUGGAGCAUCACACACUUUAACCAGAUUAUAUUUACAGACAGCAUCCAGCUUUCCCUCUACCCAUCCUCCUUUAUAAUCUACCUCUCUCGCUCAAUAGUUUUAAACUUCAACAGAGUACCCACCUUCAAGAAAGUUAACGCUUGUCAAUGGAGCGAUCCCCAGACCCUCUGUACAAAUGAAAUGUACGAGGGUCUGGUUAGGACCAGGCUAGGCAUAUGCCGCCUGCCGAGUACCAAUGGUAGGCAAUAAGGGAAGUGAGAAGAGGGUUGUAAAAAGUCAAGCAAACACUAACACAUUUACAGAAGGAACAUUUACUUUUAGAGUAUCAUAUUCUCCAUUUUGAUGUAUUUUUGUGAUUUCCUGUCACAAAUAUCAGUGCUGUGGUGCAACAAUCUUGUGUUUCUCUCAAAGGUAAAGGUCUUCAGUUUAUUUUUGCUUUUAAUUAUGUGUACAAUAUUUGGUUCAUUGGUUUUGGCAGUUUUUAUACUGUCUUUGGUUGGUGUGUACUGUAAUCAAAGUAUGUGUCGUUAAAGCCGUUUUGUUAAUUAAUAUUUUCUAUUCAGAGUAGGUAGCCUACACUACUUGAUUCAUUAUUUUGGUGGCUUUGUUUCAGUUUUCUUGAAGAUUGGGUUUGAUCUGUCUGUGUUGCUGGUUCAGAGUUCUGGGAGCUCCGACAAGACUACAUCUCUCUUCUACAGCUCUUCAUCUAUCUCCGUCUUCGGGUCACUGUGACCCACCGUCGUGGUGCAAAAGGUGGGUCACAAUGACCCGAAGGCAGCACAAAUCAAAUCAAAUCAAAUGUAUUUGUAUAGCCCUUUUUACACGCAAGCAUGUCACAGAGGGCUUCACAUAUGCCCAUAGAACUGCCCCUCAACCAACCUAAACCCUCAAGGAAGACAAGGAAAAACUCCCAAAAAACUCUCAACAGGAGAAAAAAAUUGAAGAAACCUUGGGAGGAGCAAUUCAGAGAGGGAUCCCCUCCUCCAGAGACGGUUGGUGAGAGAGAGGAGCAGAACACAGGCUAAACAUAGUCAUACAGUGUCGAUGGGUUUUUAAAACACCAAAAUCCAUUGUUCAACUUUAUAGAUGUAGGACAGGACCGGGAGACUCGCGACCAGGUCCAGCGUUGGCUGACCGACGACCAGGCAGGUGCUGACAACUCAAACCCCCCACACCACAAGGGAUGUGUGUGGAGGGGGCAGAGAGAGGAGAGCAGGGAUUAGAGAAUGCCAGGAGCAGCUAACAGUUACAGUCAUAAUAUAAUGAGAUCCCCACCGGUCAAGUGUGGACUGGUGCAGCAAUUUAACAGAGCAAAAAAGGGGAAUUUGAUGCAACCCCACACACCAAGACAGCGACAGCCCCCCUCAUUUGGAACAUGAAAUCUGUUCCA